AUGAGCGAUAUUGCCGCAGAGAUAAAACGUGAGCUGGAGCUCGGCGAAGCGUUGGAUCGGGAGAUUAGCGCUUUAUGGGCUGAAUUGAACAGGUAUGAAAUGGCAAAUACAGACGACUACACUGCUGAAGUAAUAGAUGGGCAAGUUAGCCAGCAACACAAGAUAAAUGAAACUAGAUCCGCUUCGCUCACGAUCUCUGAAAAAUCUCUCAAAAGUGUACUGGAUCAGACAUCAUCAAUCCACAGUACAGCAGGCGAAUUCGUACAUGUUCUGGAAGCGGUAGUUCGUGACGCUGAAGAGAAGGUUGAAUCGUUCCGCAACAGGGUUGAAAAGUUACAACGCAAAAAAGAAAGUAUUAUAACUGAAUCGGCACAAAGAGAUGACCUUCACCAAGCCAUCGCCCAACUUGAAUAUCAACUUGAAAAAAAACGGGAAGAGUUGGAGCAAGAGAAAGAGAUCGUUCGUCUCCAAAACGAAAAAAUUAAGAAAGAGCGAGAAGAAAUUGAGCUCCUGAUCAAGGAGAAGACCGAAUUGUUGGAAAAAAUUGCUAAGGAGGAGAGUAUCCAAGAAGAGCUGCGUGUUUCUAAUAGUAUUGCUGAAAAGGAGUUGGCGGUGAUGAAGGAUCAGAUUAAAUGUGCCGAUGAGAAGAUAGCCCAAUUACAUGCGGAUCAAACUGCUCUAGAAGAACGAUUAGCUAGUGAUUCCCUGAAGUGGCAAGAGAAAUUGUCCUCUGUAAAGGAGAAGAGCUGCGAGGAAGCUAUACUUGCCCUUGAACGUGAUCUCCUUGCGUUUACAGAUCGAAUUACUCUCGAAAAGCAAGUCACGCAGGAACGAAAGCAAAAAGUAUUGUCAGACCUCAACAGCGCCCGAGAACUUUUGGCGCAAGAGCAAGGGUUGUAUUCCUCAAAGCGAGAUGCGUACGAGAAGCUGUGUGCGGAAUUGAACAGUAUUCAAUCGCAAAUCGACGCAUUCACCUCUCUUCGCACACCUUCUAAGCCUGUCGAGUCUGCAGCAGCCGGCGCAGAGGGAAAUAAAAAAUCGUCAAGAAGGAAAAGAGCGAAGCGCAGACCGGUGGAAUCAGAUAGUGAUGAAGGUUCAUCAUCAUGCAUUCCUGAAGUUGAAGGCUUGAAGCCCUUUUCGCCGGAUACAAUAUCCUUCAAGCAGCGGCAGAAAUCGGCAGGAUCAUCUUGUAGAAGCACAAAAAGUGAUUCACGAGGCACCAUCAGAGUUGAAAGGAAAACACCGGGAGCUGCUCCCGAAAACGAAGUUCAAAUGUCCGAUCAAAAUCCAUCUCCAGCCGCCCCUCAGAGACGGGAUGACGAGCAGCAUGCUAAUAAUAAUGAGGCGAGCGGAGCAGCCGGAUCCGAUUCUAAUAGUUCUGAUAGUAGCAUAUCACCUCCUUAUGAGAAUUUUGUGACGAAAAGGUUUCCGAACGAUAUAUUUUUGAAGAAAACGCCAUCAAUCGAUGGAAUUGAUUCUGCCGUUUCUCCUAAUGUCUCGGCAAAUGGUAUAUCUCUUGAGACAGAUUCUGAUCAAAGUAUUUGGUCAUGUGCAUCACCCAAUAAGGGAGCAAAUGCAAUGGAUACGACUAUCGAAACAGACCUUGAUCAAAGUCUUUGGUAG